AUGACAAAGAGGAAGAAGGAAAAGGGUGGAAACAAUGACAAUGAACUUUCCAACCAUAAUGAUGGCGUGGAGAAAGGGAUCGAAGAUAAUAAAAAAAAAUGGAAAAACAUGGCGGUUCGAACACUCUGGACUUUCGUCAUGAUUGGUGGUUUUUUCGCCCUUUUGUCUACGGGACACUCAUUCGUCGUUAUUCUUGUGGUGAUCAUUCAAACGCUUGUAUAUAAAGAAGUUAUCGCUUUGGCACAUGUACCAAGUAAGGAAAAAAAACUACCGUGGUUUAAAACUCUCAAUUGGUAUUUUCUGGGUGUCACUAAUUAUUUCCUAUACGGCGAAUCCAUAAUUUAUUAUUUCAAGAAGGCUGUUUUGGUGGAUGCUUUUCUCCUUCCUUUGGCUACGCAUCAUCGAUUCAUUUCAUUCACUCUAUAUUGUAUAGGAUUUGUAUUAUUCGUUGCAAAUCUUAAAAAAGGUCAUUACAAAUUUCAAUUCACCCAAUUCGCAUGGACACAUAUGACUUUACUGAUUGUCGAUCUCACUGCUACUGGGUGGUCUGGUAUGACCUGUGAGCCAAACCCUGUGUUCAUCUCUCAAAAAUAUGUUCUUAGUCCUUGGUUAUCUGGUCUACUUAAACGACUUAUUUUUACUGAUAUUCGCACAAUUUGGAUUGCUCCAUUUCAAUGGCAUGUUCUUGUUAUGUCUUGUUUUGCUUCUCUGAUUGCUCCAUUUGGUGGUUUUUUUGCUAGUGGCGUAAAAAGAGCAUUUAAUAUAAAGGAUUUUGGUCAUUCAAUUCCUGGACACGGAGGUAUCACUGAUCGCAUGGAUUGCCAAUUUCUUAUGGGUUUAUUUUCUUACAUAUAUUACCAGAGCUUUAUUAAGACUACAACAUUAUCAGUUGGUACCGUGCUUCAUAGCAUUAUUAAUUCAUUAAAACCAUCCGAACAGCUUGAAUUAUUAGAUAGUUUACAGCAAUAUCUAAUUGGACAAGGAUUAGUAGAAGAAGGAAAAGUUGCAUGUGUAUCUACUUUAUAA